ACCUUUGGAAACUGACGCAGUUGAGUGGAGAGUGCUACCGGAGGUGGCUGUGUGGCGUGCGUUACAACUUUGAAAACAUUUGAACAAACUUUUUUAUAUUUGGACCAUACAGCUUUAAAAGGAUAUACCUCAUCUAGCAAAAUGAUGAAGAUUUUGUUGGUGUGGGCGGCGGUGGUGGGGGUCAGCAGAGCUCACACCCUCCACCUGGGCCGGACCUGCCCGGAGGUAGCACCCUUCCCUAAUCUCUCCAUCGACAAGGUGUUGGGGAUGUGGUACGUGACGUACAAAUUCGACACGGACAACACCUGUUUGGUAUGGAACAUCACCCGUGGAGAGGUGCCCGACACGCUGCUGGUGACAGAGACAAGGCAGCUGGCUCUACUGGACAUGCUGGGAGUCAACCAUACCCAGGCUGUCACCGCCCUGGUCGACAUACCCAACCCGGAGGUACCGGGCAAAAUGAGGGUACGCUGGCCCACCUCACUGACGGGCAAAGCUGACUUCACCGUCUUCGACACCGACUACGACAAAUACAUGGCUGUGUUCGAGUGUGACCGCGCCGGCCUCCUGCACCGCCGGUCAGCCACCAUACUCUCCCACACCCCCACCCUCGACCACCUGUUCCUCACUAGGGUCCAGCGUCUACUGGAAAACGCUGACGUGAAGCACACAGCCCUCUCCGCCGUCAGCCAGGAGUCCUGCCGACGCUCGGGACAACACAACUGGCACGUGGACAAGGAACUGUUCGGGCUGCUGCCUGGCGCUGAUGAGGAAGAUGUGCACAGUCGGGUAUCUGAGGGCGUCGUCGACUACGAUAUUUCUCAGUUGGAGAUUAUUGGUGAGGGCGUUGAAGCCGUGAGAGGGAGCCUCCAGAGCCACAAUGACAAGCCGGUUCUGUAGGAAGCCAGUUCUCACGGACUUCAUGCUGACGGAAUGUACAAGCAUCCACCCACUGAAGUCUCACGGAUGCCUUGCCUGCUAGAACCAAGACCAAAUUACAGAUCAAAUACGUAUCAUUUAUUGAUAGUAUCUCUCAGGAUACACUGUCACAGAUUUCUCAGGUCAGAGGGUAACCUCUGUGGCACUGAGGAGCAUCCUCGGAUCACAUUUGUAACUUCCAGCCGAUUAAAAGUUUGUCUAAAGUGUUCAAUUCUUUUGAUAAUUACUUACUUACUCAAGUGUUCAAGUGACCAGGAAUCAGCAGGAUAUUGUCUUUUUAAUACCAUAUUCUGAGGACAAUGAAGGUCACACAUGGCACUGCAGACCCUACCGGUAAGUGCCACGUGAUGCUGAGUAACGACCAAGUGAUGGUCGCUGCAUUGAUAUGUAAUUAGGAGUGCGGUAACUGUACCAAUUUGAAUGUUUCGGAUGCAAGAGCUGGAAUAUAUUAUUUACUAAACUUACUCUUUCCAAUAAAGAAUAUAAUAGGAAAUAUUUUUUCAGGAUUUUUGUGUGCAUGUAUGAAUGUGUGUUUUUAAUUCUAGGCAUAUAUAUAUGCCUAGAAUUAAACUUAAAAUGCGAUUUGAUCAGUUUGCAUUAAAAUGAAUAUUUAGUCUUAAAUUUAGUAGUAAAGCAACUAUAGUCCCUAGACCACCUUGGAGUCGGUGUCUCCAACAAAUUAUUGUAACGGAACUUUUUUUUAAUCGACUUAUUACGGUACGUCAAUGAUGGUAAUAAAGCUUGUAUUCACAUUUAAAUAAAAAUGGUAUUUA